CAUGGUGUCCUCUUCCCCUCUCUCCAGUGGGCCACGUGGAGAAGAAGAACUCUGGGUAAUUCCCAAAUCUCCAGCUGGACCUUCAAAUCCAAAAGCCCCCCCCUGAGGGCCGUCUGGCUGGCUGGCAGCCCAGGUAGAGGCACUCGCUGCUCAGCCUAAGAGAACAGAGCGCAGCCCCUGUACUCUAUGGAGCUCAGGGGGAUAAAAAGCUACUACUUCAUUCAGAUGGGGGGAUUACUGACAGGUAAACAGCCUGAAACGUGGUCCCCUGGAUUUCCAGCACCCAGGGGUCAGGGAUGAAAGACAGAAGGUGGGCCUUGGGUAUGAUUCAACUUCUUGAUGUAUCCACGGGGCUUGGCUGCAGUUGAAGGCAGUUUGACAAAUCAGGUGGUGUGGUGCAUUUUUUUGAUUGAUUGGUCAGCACAAAAGCAGAAUUAAUCCCUAUUUCUUAAAAAAAAAAAUGUGGGUCUCUUAACACACAUAAAACUACCUUUAAAAAUGAAAGUAAUCCCGCAAUUCAACAAAGACUCUCCAGAUAUGUCCACACAGGAUCCACUUGUCCAAACAUCACCUGCUGGGCUACAAAGUCCGACCGACAAUCACAUCGAUUAGUCGCAUCCUUAUCAACAUUGAAUACACACUGAAUUAACGCGGUCCCGUACAGUAGCCACCAACACGAUCACUGAAAGACUUAAAAAACAAGAGAGACGGUGAGAUUAGAUGGGUUAUAUUCCGCAGAUUAAAUGCUCUCUUGUUUAAUAAUCCGAUUGAGCGCUACUUGGAUAUAGCUGCUUGAAACCACCUAAUUUGUUUUAGGGUGGAGAAAACAAGUGAAAGUGGUCCCUGCCUGCUUUCAUAGACGAGCUCCUCUCCUCUCAGGGGAAGUAUCGGGCUUGUAGCGGCAACAUCCUUUACUGUUCAUUCACUGAAACAAAACACAGCGUUGAUUAUCUCCCAACACCGCGUUUGUAAUCCAAUAUCUUCGGGGUUUUUUCUUUUUUUUUUUUUAUACCCCCCUCGAAAUGUGUCUUUUUCGCCACUCAGAAACUGGCAAGUAAAAUUGUUGCUAGAUAGGAUGUUAGUGAAAUGUCAACAGCCGCUGGAAGCUGGUUUCUGUGGCUAAUAAGUCCUCCUCCUCCGGUUCAUCUCCUCGUCAGCUCCACAACACACAACCGCCGUGUUGUCAGCCCCCCAGUCAGCCGUCGGUCGGUUCAUUCACCGCCUCGUCCGUUACAACGAAUAAAUCUCUAAGCUACACCGAAAACAGAAAGGCAUGUCCACAUUUCGGAUGGAGAGGGGACAGGCUGACAUUUCAGGUCGAGGUAAGUCUCCAAACGUAACGUUUUACACAAGAAAAAGAAAAAAGAAAAAUGGCGACAUGAGCAAAAUAACGUCUAAGUUUAGUUUUGUCGUCUCAGGGUUGUCUUCAAGGAGUGGGGAACGGGGAGACAAUGGGAACCGGGAUGGACCAACGGACCGAGAGAGACAGCCGAGAGGAGCGUCUCACGCCUGCCAUCUGUCAAGUCAAACACCGGGAAACAACAUGGCUGUUCCGCUCUUUUCACCAAUGAGCAGUCAGACCAGCAAUGGGGAGGCGGCCCCUCCAUCUCGGCCACAUCAGAGGACAUUUUUGGAUGAUGUCAUUUUGACCUUUAGUUCACCGAUGGCCUGGCUGCUGGUUGUGGCUCUGAUCAUCACAUGGUCAGCCGUGGCCAUCGUUCUCUUUGAUCUGCUUGACUAUAAGACUCUGACAGGUCUCCCUCCUCCUCCUGCCGUCGCUAAGAGAGGUUUGAGGGCUAGAGGUGCUGUUCGUCCUAUAAAAUCAAGCCCUGCUGGAGUCCCUAGUGAGGUCAAAGCUCAGGAAAGCAUCGACUGGAUGGGGAUCUUAUGGACGUUUGCAGCCAGUUUGGUAGCUCCUGACGAUGAGGAGGAAGGUAUUCACCAGCUAACUGAAACCUUCACAUCUUUACACUCUGAGGAGCUCUGAAGGAGAAGAGGGUG